AUGGGUGGUCUAUUUAGUUAUUUUAGAGGAUUGCUAGGUGCUAGGGAAAUGAGGAUUUUGAUUCUUGGUCUCGACGGCGCCGGGAAGACGACAAUACUGUACAAACUGCAAGUAGGGGAGGUAGUUACUACUAUACCAACUAUAGGUUUUAAUGUCGAACAAGUUACGUACAAAAAUCUAAAAUUUCAAGUGUGGGAUCUCGGUGGACAAACCAGCAUCAGACCCUAUUGGCGAUGUUACUAUGGGAACACAGAUGCAAUAAUAUAUGUAGUUGACUCGGCAGAUAGGGACCGAAUAGGAAUAUCUAAAGAUGAGCUUGUGCAUAUGUUAAGGGAAGAAGAGUUAGCGAACGCAAUUCUAGUUGUUUUAGCAAACAAACAAGAUAUGGCCGACGUCAGCGGUGAGGGGCGAAGGCCUAGAUCAGGCGAUGGACUGGCUGUCGAAUGCGUUACAAGCAAGGAAAUAACAUUAAUGAUAUAUUAUGAUACUAGAAUUUUGAAAGAAAAUCAAUUUUGCGCGAGUGAAGGCCAUAGUCAUGUUACGCCAUUAGAAGUAGUGUCGCCUUUGACUCCGGGAUAUGUUAAUUUAUAUGAAACACAAACAAAUUCCAUAUUUAAUACUAUUUUAUUUACAAAUGAUUAUGAUAUUUUGUCCAAAAAUAUUGUUAAAAUC